UUAGAUUACACUUGUUCAAUGUGAGCUUUUACUAUCUCACACGUAGUCUACCGUUUGAUAAUGGAUUCAUUGAUUCCAUCCGGUUUAAUUAUGAUUCGUUCAUGAAGACGUGCGAUCUGAAUUCAAUGAGGCUUUGAUAAUUGAUUUUAAUAUCGAAUUCUCUGGCCAGAUCAUGUGGUUCGCAGGUGCUAAGGUAAUUGGGUAUAUAAAGAUAAUGGGAAUCGGGCGUUAAAUAGUUGGACUUGGUUAUCGGAUCUAUCAUUCAAUAAUCACACUUAUUUCAAAAUUCUGUCAUGAAUUUAUCGACUAUUUUAUUUCUGAUUGCCGCUGUUCUGCCGAUGUUGGCAUCAGGAAAAGUCGCCAAGGAUAGGUCAGAGUGGAAUAAUCUUUACAAUCGUAAUGGAAAGCGGGAGUGUAAAAAACCAGCGGAGUGUGCGAUUUUAUAUGGAAGAAGUGCUGAUGCUUGGGUUUGCGCAGGAUUAGGCAUAUGUGCACCUGCAGAAUCCGACGAAGAUGACGACGGCCCCGAGCGUUGGGUGUGCACAGAGGAAAAGUGCAAUAUUGACGCACCACCAGGUGUCAGGUACACUUGUAAUAAAAAUCAGCACUGCGUAGAGAUUCUUGAUUAACAAAUUGUUUAUAAUUACACAAUUAUUUCAAGAAAUAUUUCCCAAACAUUCAACAGAACAUUCUAUUUUCGAAACGAAGUACAAGUACUUAAUUAUCACGACAUGAAAAUUAAUUAAAUUGAUACGUAAUUGUUACUGUAAUUAUUUUUGGAAAUAAAAUCAAUGGAAAAUUCAUAAAUGUUGUUUUAUUGCAACAAUCAAUUGACAAUAAUUUUAUUUCUGAUUAUCAUGUACUUAUUAAUACGUGUCACAUCAAUCUUAAUAAUAAGAGGGAAAAAAUAGUGAAAGGGUUUACAGAAUUUUGUAUUUUACGGAUCAAAUCAAGAACGAGAUAAUGUGGAUUAAUUACCAAUGAUAAAUUAUUAUUUUUUUUUAAGCAUUCAAAUGGUUCUGUUGCUCCAUAAAUGGUCAAGAGUGACUAGAAGAUUCGUUGACUGAAUGCAUUCACCUGACAUCAAUUAAGACACAUUCAAUCAUCCACGAGGUAAAAAAUUCAUUUGACUGUCGAGUGGUGGAACGCGAAAUUCAUUUUAUUCUCAAACGAAUUGGUUUGGAAGAUUGGAAUUUUAAGAAAACAAUUUAAUUUUCUUUGGGAACCCCACGGAAGACGUCUCUCUGCUCUCCGAAAUUUAAAUUUAAUUUUAAAAAUUAAAAAAACCGCCGAAUUCCUCUCGCCGGACGCGUCAAACGUCAAAUAAUCGGAUUAAAAGAUCGACUCGACAUUCCACCAUUCGACGACUGAAUCAAAGUCUUAAAUUAAAUUCUUAAAGUCUUAACGAUAAAGUUCUCGAAUCAUCAAGUAUGAAAAUAAAGGCACAGCAAUGAAUGAAAGCAAUUAAAAUAAAUCUCCCACGAGG